AUGGCAUUGCAUCAUUGUGAAACCAACUUAGCGUGUGAAAGCCAUAAACAAUCUAUUGGCAUCCAAAUUGCCAAUGAACCAAAUGGUGGACCAGGUUGUCCACAUUCUCAAGAAGCAAGGUUUGGCCUAUACCACUCUGUAGUCACACCAAGCCAAGUUUUGUGCCACCCCCACAACAGGGCCAACCAAAUGCUUUCAUGGUUGGACAUGUGGGACAAAGGCCAGAAGAUGAUGGCCAUUGGUAUGAAAAGGCAAUUCCUUGGAGAAUCCAUGGCCAUAGAGAUAUCACCAGACCCUGCCAAGAAGUCUGAGCAGCUGAUGGCCAAUGAGAACCUCAUCAAGGAGGCCAAUGGUGCCAUGGCACCCAUGACAGGUUCUGAGCGUUUCCUCAGCUUGUCCACCAGCCACACCACAGCUUUUCUGAGGGCCAUCAACCAUGGUUGCCUGCCAGAUGAGCAGCCUCCCAUGGAAGUGCGCAAAGAUGAUCCAUCCUGGGACCUCAUCCAGAAUGGGUGGCCAUGGCUCAUUUUGAGCCAUUUGGUGGAAGGCCAAUGGCCCAUGCUACCCACCCUGCUGCAAGGGGCCAUGAACUCUGCCAAUUCCAUCUCCAAGGCACCAAAUGAAUUAGAGCUUGCUGCCCAGCUGGCCCACCUGUUCAUCCUCAAUGUACCACUUCAUGAAGCCAAGGAGAAAGUCCAAGCUGCCAAUACUUGCCAGCCUGAAGCUUUGACCUACCUCAGUCAAUUUGUGAAAACAUUUUCAGGCGGGCCAAAAUUUUCCAUGUUGGAUUUCCUACAAAAGUUCAGUGGCCUGGAUGCAACCAAAGGCUUCACAAAUACCAUUUGUUUGCUCUAUACCACCAACCAUGAAUGUUGGUGA